AGUAAUAAAAAAAAACAAUAGAUCAUUAUCGUUAAACCAAGAAAUUCUCUGAACAUCCGUUAGAGGGACUUAAAACACAGUGUUACGCAUUCUUCAGUCACCAUCAGUCUCUCAAGACGAAUGUAUCGAUCAUUUAUUAUUGCAAUAAUCGUUCAUUUUUUUUCUAUUACAUUUAUCAUAAAGCUACUGUCCGAGAUAAGUUAUCUUAACACACCAAUUGAGAAGUCCUGAUUUAUCUGGAAAGUAAAAAGAUAUUAAUAACAAAAGAUAAAAUUAAUAAAAAAUUUUGAAAAAAAAGACAAAAUGCCUUAUCGUGGAAGGUUCCGAUUACUUGGCAGAACUUUUCUACUUUGGAGAAGUUCUUGUAACAGCGAGAAAGCGAAAGUUAAUACGCAUUUCGUCACAAAUAUUACUGCUGGUAGAAACUUCUCAGUGAAUAAUACGCUCGAUAUGAGAUUCGUACAAUUUACAAAUAAAAAUGGCGGACCUCAGCACUUGGGUGUUCAGCUUAAAGAAGGUGGAGAUAUCAUAGCUGUGUCUGCAGUAGAUUCUAGAAUUCCAAAUUCGUUAAAAAAAUUCCUCGAGGGUGGUGACGAUCUUCUAAAAAAAGCUAAAAGGGAAGACGAUAUCGAUUUAAAGGCGGCCGUAGAGAGGAUUGUCGCCGAAGGACGUAGCAUAACACCGGCCGAAGAUGUGAAUUUUUUGGCACCGAUUACGCGCAUGGACAAAUUAGCAUGCGUUGGUUUAAAUUAUAGCGGACAUUGUGAAGAACAAGGUGUACCUCCACCAGAAAGUCCAGUAAUAUUCAGCAAAUUUCCUAGCAACAUCGUAGGACCAACCGACAAUGUUAUUUUACCCUCGAUAUCAGAGAAAGUCGAUUGGGAAGCUGAACUCGCUAUAGUGAUUGGUAAACGAUGUAAGUCCAUUAGCGAUAAGGAAGCAGAGGAUUGUAUUUUUGGAUUUACAAUUGCUCAAGAUAUAACAGCGCGAGAUUGGCAAAAAUCGAAACGCAAUGGUGGCCAAUUUUUACUUGGAAAAGCGAUGGAUACUUUCUGUCCGUUAGGACCUGCCGUUGUGACGAAGGAAUCAAUAUGUGAUAUUAAUAAUUUAACAGUGAAAACUUGGGUGAAUGGUAAUCUUAAACAAAAUGGAAAUACCAGUGAACUUAUUAUCAAACCUCACGAAAUUGUUGCAUACAUAUCACAAUUUAUGACUUUAUUACCUGGAGAUGUAAUACUCACUGGUACUCCAGCUGGUGUAGGAUUCACGAGAAAGCCACCAGAGUUCUUGAAACGAGGAGACGUUUUGGAAACAGAAAUUGGUAAUCUUGGACGCUUGAGAAACAAAGUUCUGUGAUCGGCAAAACAUACUUAUUAAUGACAAACAAAACAAAUAUAUUGUUUUUAUUAUCAAAUGAUAAAAAUUUAUUUUCUUGAUUAAUUUCCGAAUUGAGUACAGAUUCUUGAACUGUGAAUCAAUGUUGACUUGUCACGAACAAUGUGGAAUUGCUUAUUGUGAUAGAAUUUUAUAAAUGUAUGCGUUGCCACGCUACUUAAGAAGAAAUAAUAUAUCAUAUAUAUAAUAAAUUUUUAGAAACAAAAAAUAUUAAUUUGGGCAAACCAUAAAAAUCGUGAGGAACCCGUGUCUUUUAAAUAUAAUAUAUAAUCAUUUUAUUUCGCUACUUUUAUAAACAAACACCAUGCAUUUCAUGUACUUGUAUAAUAAAGAAAGACUAUUUCUAAA